CAGGGGCGCUCCCGGGGCUGAUUGGUCCUGCGCAGAGCGCUCAGGGGGCUGCGGCACCGGCCGGAGGGGAUCGGGGGGAGUCGCGAGGGGACUGAAAACACCGCCCGCAGAGCGGGACCGGGACAGGAACAGGGAGAGGAACCGGGACCGGGACCACCCCAGGGACCGGGACAGGGACAGCUCCCUCCCGGCAUACGUGGCAGGUGGCCCCGCCCCUUCCUGCGCCGCCCUCCCAAUCAGCGCGCGGAACGCGGUUUAAAUGGCGGGGGCGGGGACCGAUGGCCGUUGGUGCCGCCAUGGGCAGCGCUGAGGGCACAGAUUGGGUUGAUGUUGCCAAUGAUCUUUUAAGGAGCUGUCACAUAAACCUGCACAUAAAGCAUCUCUCAGAAUGUGGUGCUGAUGUGUUUGUUCGUCUUUACGAGUCAAUCUUAGGAGAAAAAGUACCAGAUUUCAUAGCUACUCCCAGGAGCCAAGAGGAUGAUGCACAUAAUGUACAAGCAGUAAUAGAUUCCCUGGCACUGGACUAUUUGCAGGUCAGCUUGUCUCACAUCACUGGUGAGAACAUUGUGAAAGGAGAGAGGGAAUCUAUCAAAAACCUCCUUGAAAUAUUUGAUGGUUUGUUAGAGUAUCUGACAGAAGCCAGUGAAUCUUCUUCUGGCACUGGAGCUGAGGCAAAUGUGCUGUCCAGUAAUGAAACUCAAACUGCAUCUCAAGAGCAGCUGGAAAGCAAUGCUGGUCAACUUACAGAACAUUCAAUACUCUCAUCAGCUGAAGGGUCCCAGUCAGAAUAUUUCAUUCUAACCUGUGAUACAGAUGGCUCAGAAUCUACUGGUGAAUUGAUUAGACUUGGAGACACUGCUCAGUCAUUUGCCAGGAGAGAGGAAGAAUUUCAGUGUCCUAUACUGUUACUGGCAGAAAAGGACAAGAGGGUGGAAGAAUCUAAAAUCUCAGAGGCUUUUGCAACAUUGCCCAGGCAGUUCUCUGAAGGUGAGAUUGGAAAGGAAGAUGGAUGGAUGGAGUCUGUUCAUGCUGCUGAGCCUCACAAAGAGGGUUUGAGUGCCAGUGCUACAAAACUGGGGGAGCCCAUCCAGCAAGCCAUUCCUCUGCUCCCCCCCUUCCAGCCUUCACAUCCUGGAUGGAGAGAUUACCACAGCUCAGACAGACAGGCAGCAGCUUUGGCAAGCAGUCAGGGAGUGAAAAUUCCUACUCUUGAAAAGUCACCUACUGAAAAAUCUGAUGAUGUUUCUGGUAGUUCCCUUCUAUCAAGAAAGACCCCCGAAGGCACAGGGCAGCCUGAAGCAUCACCUCACACUUACCUGUCAUCUGCUGCAGUGGGAUCAGGUGAUGCUGAGGACAAUGUGAUAAAGGUUCCUCUAGUACCUGAGCCUUCUACAUCUGUGUCCUCUUUAGAUGAAAAGUCCUCACUACAUGUUGAACAAUUAACAGAAAUUCCAACACCUGAAUCCAGGUACUUGCCUAGAACAUCAAGAUAUGAAAAUUCUACCACAGAUUCAUUUGGAGAUUCCCUUUCCCAGGGACCAGCACAGAAGAAGCUUCCUCAGCAAGAGCUUCAUGAAGCAUCAGAAAAUCUGUCUCGCAGGCUCAACGAACUGGAUUUAAUGUUAAAGAGAGCUUUGGGUGAGUGCAGCAGAGAAGAGCUGACAGAUGAAGACAACCUGUCCCAGCACAGUGACAGUGUCAUGGACUAUGGCCACAGGACAGCUGGGAGAGCUCCAAGGUACCCAAACAGGCCUCGAUCCCUUUCUCCACCCUCACAUUUAUAUCAGCACCAGGAAGAUAAACUUUGUGGUAAUGAACAUAUAAAGACAAUCCGCUGCCAGCUGCAAAAAGAAAGGGACGAAAGAACAAGGAAAGCAAAGGUGGUCAAUAAAGCUUAUGAAAAUGAACUAAGGAUUUAUGAAGCCAAGGAGAGGCUUAAACUUUGCAAGCUCAGAGAAGUCCUCAGGGAAAUUGAACAAGAAUACAAAGAAAACAUCUUUAAAGAACCUCCAAAAGUGUCUCAGCCAGUGAAAGUUUAUUCUAGAAAAACCACACCUCGGAUUCCCAAAUACAGCCAGUGGAUUCCAAAACGAGGGGCCAUGAAGCCAAAGCAAGCAGAUCCAAUGAUGAUAAGGGACAAUGACCUCCUGGUGAAGCUGCUGGAAGAGUUUCCCUCCCUGCACAUUUCCCACCGCACCCUGAAUAAAAUGUGGGAGCGGCAGCUCGCACAGACAGAGCACCUGCAGGCAGCUCCUGGCAGACCUAGACCCAAACUCCUAAAUGAAGUUCAACAAGCCCUGAGGAAGCAACAGCUUCUUGCUGCAAUUAUUAAAAAAGAUCAAGAGCACAGCAAGAGACUGCACGAAUUCAAGACCCGCAUCUCCCGCCAGCUCUGGGCUCAGAACAAAGUGACAGAGAAACGGCAGCAAGUGGCUCGAGCCAGGAGAUACUAUGAGGAUUACAGGGUGCAGCUGAGGGCCAAGCUGAUGAGAGCCAGGACACGGGAGGAGAAGAUAUUUAAAAACUUGUUUGAAGAAGGCUUAGAAAUUCAGAAGCAAAGACUGAGGGACCUGAGAGCAUACGCUCAGGAGAAGCGUGAUGAGCAACGGAGGGAACACCAGAACGAGCUGGAGUCCAUGGAGAACUACUACAAGGGUCAGUUUGCCAUGCUAGCAGAAGCUAUAUCUCAAGAAUUCCAAAAAAUCCAAACCAGGGAGAAAGCACAAGCACAGAUGCUACAGAAAUCAAAAAGAGAACUAAGAUCAAAGAUGGAAAAGGAAAUACAGCAACUGCAAGCAGCAAUCAUGCACAAUGAUGAUGACACCUUUUUUCAAGAACUAGAAGCAGACAGACUGAGGUCUAGACUUCAGAUGGCUUCCUUCCAGUACAGCCAAGGCCAUUUCUUUUAAGACUUAGGAAGGUGGUUUAGCUUUGCUGAGUUUUGAGAGGAGCCAUCUGUUCACCAAUGCCAAGAUAAUGCCAGGACAUGAGAGCCAGAAGUGAGACCUCUUGUGCUUGACUAGAAUGUUCUUGUUCUAGUCUAGAACAUUCUUGUUCUUGAAGAGAGUCCUUUCUGUAGGUACCAGCACACAGAAUGACACCAAGUUUUACAUGUUUUCUCCUGAAACAAAGUCGAGUUACUUAAAAAUGACAUUUUACAUUUUAAAGAUUUAAUGAAUAAAAACUCCAAACUUUUAAAACCAUUGAUGCUGUGACAGUGCAAACAGCAUACAAUUUAUUGCUCAACUUCUGCAUGGGUACAUACAUUAAGUACUUAAAAACCAUUUUAUACAGAUUUUGUUUGUUGUUGUUGUUAAAGCUCAUGUAACAGCUGGGUGAAAAUACAAUGAUACCAACGCUAAAACACUCGGUAAUAAAUACAUUGGAAAUGAUAAACUAAGAACUGUCAGUUUGUGGAGGAGUAAUUACACUUGGAUAAACUAAUUACAACUACAGACAAAGCUCUGAGGAUGUGGUAGAGCCAGGACUUACUACAUAGUGUAAAGUACAACCAGUGGCACCUGGUAAUGGUGUGGUGCUGUUUCAAACCCAAAGCCAUCAGAACAUGCUACAUCCAGCUGGAGGAUGACAGAGAAGCAAAGCUUUGACUUCCAUCAAUGCAGCCAGUUCAAAUGCACCAGAAGUUCAAUACAGAUGUAGUGUUGGAGACCAGCAAUUUAAAAAAAAAAAAAAAAAAGUGUGCUCUGGACUUUAGUACAACACAAAAAAUUUUGGUACAAAUAAAUCAGUUUAGGGAAACUGAAACUAUGUGCAAAAAAAAAAAAUUAGAAUACAUACUGUACAAAGCACCAUUACAAAACUCUUUACACCGAGAAAUUAAAUCCUCUGAAACUCAACUGUGUAUAUUUGAAAUCUACAAAAGUCACUGUUCAUAAUUAAACAUUCAUCAUGAAAAGCAACAGCAUAAAACCAUGAUGUGACAUCUCUCUAAAACAACUAAGACUGGAUAAAGUAAAACCCAGUAAGAGGGACACAUUGAAAUAAAUAUUCACAUUAAUCAUGGGGUGAAAGUCCAAGGUUAAAAUGCAAUAUUAGGCUUAGCACCUUUUUUGAGGGGAAAGUAGCUGACGUGAUCUUAAAACAAAAUUUUGCAAAGGAAUCAACCCUUUACCAUUUUCAGAUGAACAUCUGACUGGGUGAUGAGGUGCUUUAGUUAAAGCUCUCAGACUUUAUGAAGGUAGAAAGGCACUCAAAAUACUUGGUAUAUUCAUCCUCAUCUGUCAGCUAUGGAAAGUCCAAUGUAGAUUUGUCUAGCUUUGCCUAUAAUAUAUUAAAUUUAAAAUAUUUAUCUGCGGCAGUUAAAAAAAAAUUUCUCUGUGCCAUAAGAAAACGUUUGGUAGAAAAACAGAUGUACUGCUAAGGCUGCUGUGAAAAUGAACGUAACCAUCGGCUGGUCUCGGGUCUGUGUUCUGCAGAGCUCAUCUCCUCCCUCCUCAAAAAUGCUUUCAUGACAUCAGGGUGGCCAUAACUGUGUUCAAUAAAUCCACCAGGCUCAGGGGCCAACAGGGAGCAGAAUCCUGGGAGGGGUCAGGAGACAGGGCAGGGACAGAGCAGGGCUGAGCUGUCUGGCACAAAUCCCCUGAGUCACCUCACAGGGCCCUGACUUCUCCCAAAAGCUGGAGCAAACCAGAUCUUACAUCUGCCAUAAUGUCUCUCUGACCAGGGAGCAGCAAGAGCAGGGGAAAAUAAAAACAAAACUCACUUCUACAACACUGGAGUGUCCUGUGAAGGGGAGUCACAGGAACCUGUGUCUGUAAAAUGCCUGUGAAUCCAUCGCACCCCAGCACGUGCAGGGGGUGAGCAGAGGCUCUGGGAGGGUCUGGAGCUUGUUCCCAACCACAGGCAGAGUUGUGAGCGAGGAACACACAGGGCAACAACCACCUGCUUUGCUCUCCCAGGCCCCUGGACUGACACAGCAGCAGCUUCUCUGGUACCAGAAUUACCUGGAAGUCGUGAAUUAGGGAGCCCAACGUGGAUGCAAAAACACCACCAGCCCUUCAACAGGAGUGCAAGAGUCCCUUGACAUUAAAAAAAAGGUUCUGAUCUAUCUCAAACCUGGCUGUCAAACCAAGUCUCUUGGCUUUCUGUUCACAUCCCUAAGUAGCCUCACCCUGCAGCCAGCCCGGAAUGGGAAACAAGUCCCUCAGAACAACCCUGCCAGCAACAGCUGUACAAAAAAAAAUAAUCCAACGAACAUGUGGCUUUGGCUCACCAGAUUCUCACCACAAGUCUACAAAAGCAGUCCCUUGCCCACUAUUCUAAUACACAACAUCCAGCAGUAGUGCACUCACUGUGGCAGUCAGACUUGGCAGAACAAAACUGAGCUCAAGCUCCACAGAACAAACAGAAAAUGAGCUGGUUCACUGUGACUUCCACUGCAAACAUGGAACAGCUGCUUCCAUCCCAUCCCUUCAGCAUUUCCAACACCUCUGACUUUCUUCUCAUUGGCCGUGUAAAAAUAGUGCAGGUUUGGUGAUGAAUUGUAACCUGAGUUACGAAACCACAACGCUGAUUGGGAAAAAACCUCUACUUAUCCCAAAUAUCCUCAUGGCUGAGAGGAGAAUGGCACCAUCUCUUGAGCAGCCUCCUUUAUCCACACACCACGAGCAGGUCAGACAGAUCUUAACUGAGAAUUUCCAAACUAACAUCAAAGUUCAGUUCCCUCUACUGGUAGUGCAUUUUAUUCCCCUUUGAAGAGAUCAACCCAUGUUAUAAUUCAUAUAUAUACUUACUUCCAUCCCUACAAUCAAUAAAUUAUGUGCUCUUACAACCCCAUUUCCAAAGCACAUUACACGUAUUUCAGUCAAUACACCAUUUUUCCUUAGUUGUAACUUAAACCCACGUGUCAUGAGCAGCUGGACAAAGAUUACAACAUGUUUUACCUGAUAAAUCUUUAGCAUCAACAAAUACAGAACAUGAUUUGGCUGCAUUCAAACAAACUUUGGUUGACUGGACAGGGUGGGUUCUGAAAGGAACUGCCCAGAGGCUUCUGCUGGCAAAGCCCAGCAGCUCUUCAAGAGCUGAAAAAUGCAGUGUUUCAAUUUAAAGUCAAAAGCAACGAAAAAUACUCUUGACAGACUCAUUAGAAAAAAGGCUGGUUUUAAAAAAAAUCCAAACAUCUACUGUUCAUUAAAAAAGGUUAUUCCACAUGUUAACACCAGGACUGUACAAACACAGUCUGUGUCACUCCCACUAGAAAUUCUGCUGGAGGAAUCUGACAAGUGAUAUAAAUAGGACCCCAAAACGUUCAGAAUUCAUGCUUGAAAAAUAUAAAAAACCCCCUUGUGGCAACAUUUACCUUGAAUUUACAUUGCAGAAUAUAAUGUUUUACUAUAAGAAAAUGCAGUUAACAUGUAAGUGGCUUUAAUUAAAAAGGUUAAUGAUUCUUUCAGCCAAUUUUAUGCAAAGUUAGAAUAAUCCAAAAUAUUUUUUUUUCCAAAAAUAGCAGGUAUAGAUGCUGUUCAGUAUCAUACAUUUAAAACAGGCUGAAACGUGACUUGUACCGACUGCUGAAGUUGUGUCUUGGUAUCUGAGAAUAGAAAUCAGGUAGGCAAAUAUAAUAGAUUACCUCUUACAAAAAUAGUAGUAGUCUUUAAGUAUAGAAUACUGCUUAACUGUUGAAAUGUAGGAAAAGUCAGCAUUCUGUAUGUUCAAGAUAUUAGUUUUUAAUAGCAGCUGAAUGAUCCUAUGGCAGGAACCACAGAACCCAUUUUCUUGAAAUAAAAAAUAAUAAUAAAAAAAAAUUAAAAAAAAAAAA